AUGAAGUGGGCAGAUGCCAUGGAGCCACCAGUUCCUUUGAAAAUGGAUGAUGAUGAAGACUGGACAGGCGGUUGGGAAGCUCUUAAGCCUACUACGAUCUCUCCUACCCCUCCAACGCUACAAAAGCCUUCUCCAACAUUCGGCUCGCCAAUGGUUGCUAUCGAUCCUCCACCGAAACGAGUUGUUCCAGAAAAGAAGACGACAGGAGGUUUGAAGUUGGCCCCCUCAAAGCCGAAAGCUGCAGCAGUUGACGAUAUUGAUUCUUUACUUGGAAUCAAACCUACCAGUGGAACCGGCUCACCAAGUAUGACAGGUAGGUUAGAACGGGAAUAG